UUCUCAAAUCAGAAAAAAAAAAGCCCUAGGCGGCGCCGGCGAGCGGACUUGCGGCGGGGCGGCACCAAGCAGCAUAUUGGGGGAGCCGGCGCUCCCUGCCGCGCCGCUUCUCCUCCCUCCCGUGUGACGGCCUCCGCUGCCCUCCACUCCCCCUACCCUUCCUUCUGCCGCUCCCCUCCGCCGCCCGCUCCGAAACCCUACGUCUCGUCGCGCCGCGCCGCCGGCCAGACGCCAGGCAGGCCGGCUGCCAUCGACAACACCACCGGUGGCCCGACGCCGACAGCCACAUCUUGCAAGCUCUAUGAUGGAUCCCAACAUGAAGGAGCUUCAAGAGGCUCUGGUUGACAUUGAGACUGAUGCAGAACAAGUUCUUCUGGCUAGGCAUCAGUUGGUGGAAAAUGAUAAAAUAAGAAAUGCUAAUAGAGAGUCCCUGACAGCCCUCCGAAAACAAGCUAGGACAACCAAAACUAGUGUGCCAUCACCCUUUGAGGUCAUAAUGAAAGAGAUGGAAGGAAGCUCUGGCAAGCAGCUGAUAAAGGAGGUAUGCCCGACUUGUGGAGAUCACGACCCCAAAGAACAUACCUGGCUAAUGUUUCCUGGAUCAGAUAUUUUUGCUCGUGUUCCAUUUCAUGUGGCGCACACUGUUCUGGAAAAAGACCAAGAGCGCCUGGAUAUCGAUACCAAGAAACUGCAAAGUUUUGUCAAGGAGAAAUCACUUGUGAUCGCUGAGAAAGGCGCCCUUGCAGGCAGAUUUGGUGCUGAUACUGUGAAAUCCUUGGUCAGCCUAACGGACACACCUAAGUCAGGACGGGAGGGAGGGGAGCUUGUGCAGGGCCCUGAAGUGAAGUAUCAGUUGGGUUGAAUCGUCAACUGUUUCAGACGACAAUGUUCUUUCUUGGAUCUUUCCUGUAUAUAUGGUCCCUUUCGUGUCAAAAGGAAAAAAAAUUGGGCAUGGUUGUUAGUACUUGGAAAAGGUUGUUCCGAAUUGAUGUUGGGUUGUACUGCAGCUAGUUCGGCUUUCUGAAUUCUGAUUUGCUGUGACAUUGUGGCACAAUCAGUGUAGUUCAAAAGAGAAAAGACAGGUGCGCAUA